ACAGGUAGGGAUUGAACAAUAGCGUGUAAUCAAGAGUAAGCGUAGUGUAUUUUUCCUGAAAUUUUUCCUUGUUUUAUAAAAAUACACGUUCAGGAUGUAUCAACCACAUAAUACGAUGUAUCCUCAACAUAACAUCCCUCUCCCUCAACAACAACAGCAGCAGCAGCCACAGCAACCUCAGCCUUCUCAGGGGCCACAAACUCAAAUAGGCCCAGCAGGCGCAGGCCAAAUGCAUCAACCACAUCAGACUCAACUCAUCCAUCCUCAUAUGCCUGAAUCAGGGUCGCCUUUACCCGGACAAGAGUUAGCUCAUUUUGAGUCGCCAAGGAGGCCUAACAUUGGGACUGAAGGAAGGCGAAUUUUACUACGCGCAAACCAUUUCAAAAUAAUGAUGCCUAAGGAAGAUGUAUAUCACUAUGAUAUUGAGAUAACUCCUGAAAAAUGUCCCAGGAGGGUCAAUAGGGAAGUUAUUGAAACACUAGUGAAGGUUUACUCAGCAAAAGUGUUUGCCAAUCAGAAGCCAGUAUUUGAUGGCCGAAAGAACCUGUACAGUAGGGAACCGCUCCCUAUAGGGAAUGAAAAGGUUGAACUAGAGGUGGUUUUACCAGGCGAAGGCCGUGACCGCUCUUUUAAAGUGACCAUCAAAUACAUGUCUAAAGUGAGCUUGUUUCAGCUACAGGCAGCAUUGGAAGGUCAGAUAGCUCUUGUACCAUUUGAUGCAAUCCAAGCUUUAGAUGUGAUUAUGAGACACUUGCCAUCAAUGACAUACACCCCUGUUGGCCGUUCAUUCUUCACUGCCCCUGAGAACUAUUAUCACCCAUUGGGUGGUGGUAGGGAAGUUUGGUUUGGUUUUCAUCAAAGUGUUCGCCCUUCAAUGUGGAAAAUGAUGCUUAAUAUAGAUGUUUCCGCUACAGCUUUUUACAAGGCCCAGCCUGUUAUUGAGUUUAUGGGUGAAGUGCUGGAUAUUCGUGACUUGCAUGAGAACCGUCGACCACUUUCAGAUUCUCACCGUGUUAAGUUCACCAAAGAAAUACGAGGACUGAAAAUUGAAAUAACACAUUGUGGAAACAUGAGAAGAAAGUACAGAGUUUGCAAUGUGACAAGAAGGCCUGCCCAAACAUUAACAUUCCCCCUUCAAUUAGAAAAUGGCCAGACAGUUGACUGUACAGUGGCCAAGUAUUUUAUGGACAAGUACAGAAUGAAGUUACAUUAUCCAUUUUUACCUUGCUUACAAGUUGGACAAGAGCAAAGACACACCUACCUCCCAUUAGAAGUGUGUAAUAUUGUUGCUGGACAAAGAUGUAUCAAAAAAUUAACUGACAACCAGACAUCCACAAUGAUUAAAGCUACUGCUAGAUCAGCACCAGACAGAGAAAGAGAAAUAAACAGUCUUCUACAACGAGCCAAGUUCAAUGAAGACCCGUACAUGCGACAGUUUGGUAUUAGUAUCAGCAACGAAAUGACAGAAAUCCAGGGCCGUGUAUUGAACCCACCCAGGCUGCAGUAUGGGGGGAGGGUGAGUACUCGGCAGCAAGCAGUACCCAAUAGCGGGGUGUGGGACAUGCGUGGUAAGCAGUUCCACUCAGGUGUAGAGAUUCGUAUCUGGGCAAUAGCAUGCUUUGCACCUCAACACACCUGUCGUGAGGAGUCUCUAAGAUCGUUCACCGCACAACUCCAGAAGAUCUCAAAUGAUGCUGGAAUGCCAAUUCUAGGCCAGCCAUCCUUUUGUAAAUAUGCCAGUGGAUCAGACCAGGUCGAGCCCAUCUUCAGGCAUCUCAAAUCCACCUUUGAAGGGCUGCAGUUGAUUAUAGUAGUCUUACCGGGCAAAACACCUGUCUAUGCGGAAGUAAAGAGAGUUGGAGACACACUACUAGGAAUCGCAACACAGUGUGUACAGGUGAAAAACGUGAACAAAACAUCACCCCAAACUCUCUCCAAUCUCUGUCUGAAGAUUAAUGUCAAACUAGGAGGAGUUAACAAUAUCCUCCUACCUCAAAUAAGACCACCUGUCUUCCGUGAGCCAAUUAUAUUUCUUGGUGCUGAUGUUACACAUCCACCUGCUGGUGAUGAGAAGAAGCCCUCCAUAGCAGCCGUGGUUGGUAGCAUGGAUGCCCAUCCGAGUCGUUAUGCAGCAACAGUUCGUGUACAGCAACAUCGUCAGGAGAUCAUUAAUGAUUUAAGUGGAAUGGUACGAGACCUACUUGUUCAGUUUUACAGGUCAACGCAGUUCAAACCGUGUAGAAUAAUCAUGUACAGAGAUGGAGUGAGUGAGGGUCAGUUCCCACAGGUUCUUGCCCACGAACUGCGUGCAAUACGUGAAGCCUGCACAUCACUGGAAGUAGGCUACCAACCAGGGAUCACAUUAAUUGUUGUCCAGAAGCGCCACCAUACGAGACUAUUCUGCUCAGACAAACGAGAGCAGGUUGGUCGUAGUGGUAACAUACCUGCAGGUACUACUGUAGAUGUCGGCAUCACACAUCCCACUGAGUUUGACUUCUAUCUUUGUAGCCAUGCUGGUAUCCAGGGAACCAGCAGACCAUCACAUUACCAUGUUUUGUGGGACGACAACUCUUUCUCAGCUGAUGAAUUACAAACCCUGACCUACCAACUGUGCCAUACAUAUGUACGAUGUACUCGCAGUGUUUCCAUACCAGCUCCUGCUUACUAUGCACAUCUAGUUGCCUUCAGGGCACGAUACCACUUGGUUGAGAAGGACCAUGACAGUCCAAGUCAGUCACGCAAUGGCAGUUAUGUUGGCAGUGGUGGUGAUAGUGGAAAUGGAAGCCAACACUCGCACAGCGGCAAUGGGAGGAAUUUUGUUGACAUGGCAAGAGCGAUUAAGGUGCACGAUGACCAGCUUCAAGUCAUGUAUUUCGCAUAGCAUGUGAACGAUAUGUGGAUUUGGCAUGUCGCAUUUAACAUGUGUUUCAUACAUAGCAGGUUGUAGGAAUAAUCCAUGUAGGAGUUUAUAUGUAUGUGACACAUAGAAAGAAAAGCUUACGUGCAAUUUACAUAUAGCAGUUACAUGGAUUUUUUCCCAUAUAAACAGUUCAUGUGGAUUUGACAUAUAGUAUGUGGAUUUAACAUGAAUGUAGUAGUUAACAUGGAAUUCCCACAAAACUGUUUAAUGAUUUUGGUAAAAACAUAAUGACACAACAUCUCAAGCCGGUUACCUUGGUGAAUUUAGGUUAUUGACUUAUGCUAGGAAACCCAAAGUUGGCCUUAUUGUUGUUAAUACAAUUCAGGUUUCUUCACAAUGGAUAUAACCAUUGUUGAAAGCCAUUUACUUGCCACAGAAGAAUACCAUUAUCUUUCAUAAAUCUCAUCCUAAUUGGUUUCUCAGAAACGAUGAUACAAAUUAUGUUUUGGUUUAGAAAUCAUUGAACGAAGAAUGAAGUAAACAAAAUUCCUCCACUCAUUUAAACUGUUAACGUUCAGAAAUAUGCCAGUUAAUAAUAUAUUCACCUUUGAAUUUUAUGAUGUGUGAUUAGGCAAACGCAAUGCUCAUUUAAUUGUGCCUUUAAUCCAGUUUAAAAAAAAUGAUUAUUUAAAUUGAAAUCAUGCAAAUUGCUAUAUAAGCUAUUUUCAGGGCUGGAAAUGUAAAACGGAUUUAACUUGAAUGUGUGUGGACGUUGGUUUUUACGGCAUUUCAGAUGCAAUGAAACGAGGCCAUUGCUGUAAAUACUGCGGUCUACGACCUUGAUAAUAGAAGUGUGCUUAGUAAUAUUGUGCAAAGUUUUAAGCAUUGUACUCAAAGCAGGUGAAAUAUUUUGAAUUUGUUAAACUAAAUCUCAUAUUCCAAUCUAAAGUAAAUAACUCAUUUUUGUUUUAUUAGAAAUAGUUCCCAACAUUAGACCUAUGCAAUAGUAUAAAACUGUACAAUCUUUGACAGACUAAAUUUAAACCCUCUCAACACUAUCAUGUUUAUUGUGUCUAAUAUCUGUGAUUCACCUUUAUAUGGGCAUGAUAAUGCCAUAUCACACCCAUAUUUGGUAUUUGUCACAUAUAACUUGUUAGUGUGGUCUGAUUGAAGAAUAUUUAGCAACAGACAUCUUAACUAUUCUUGGUUGUUUAGUCUGUGUUGAGAUAAUUUAUUGUAGAAGAUAUCUUAAGUGAUUGGGUCACACCUGGGGAUAAGGUAAUGUACUUCAUACAAUUUUUUGCAAUAGUACAGUAUAAAUGCAAGCCAUAGUUUAUGUAUAUAUAUAUGUAGUACAGAUUGUACCACCCUUAAGUAAAAUAGCACCAAAACAUUUUUCACCAUAUUUUUAUUCACUAAAAUAUUUUAACGUUUUUUUUCUUAGAACUAUAAUUUUUUUUUAAAUACCUCAAUCUCAAUAUUUUUUAACGUUCUGAUUUUAAAGGAACCUGUUUGAUUGAAGAUAAUGCCACUUUUUGAUAACCAAUAUUUUUUAAAAUAGAUUAUAAAUACAGAAAAGCGUUACAUUAACUGAAAAUGUAGUGAACAUUUAUAUAUUUCGUUUACAGUAAAGUAUGAUGUUCAAAGUAAAAUUCCACAGGUUAAAUUUUGUGUAUAAAGUUCUACAUGUGACAUGCAACAUGUGCGGUUUUUUCAAGAGGUGUCACACAUUUGAUGUUACAUAAGCUGGAUUUUAUGUGUAAAGUAGCAUAUGGGAUAUCCCAUGUGUUGAUGUAUUUGUUGCACUCUAGAUUUUCAGUGUGGGGAUGAGAUUGUACUCUGUAUUACAAUUCUGCAGUACAUGUAGCAGGAUGAAUUUAGGUUAGACUGAGUUCUUAUCUGCAACUGUCACUUUAAUUUAUCUAAAUUAUUAAGGUAAUUAAUAUUUUGGACAUCAAUUUAAAAAAAUAAUUUUGGUUAAUAUAAAGGAUAAUGAUUAUUAUUAUUAUGAAGCACCUAUUGUUUAGAUCUGGAGUUGAUAGUAGCCUAAUGCUGAUCUCACUUGUAGUUUCCUAGCAUGAGAGUGUCCUACCAAAUGAUACUUCCCUAGCAUUCAAUCAAAGGGCUCUUAGCAUGAAUAGCAUCCUAGUGCUUAUUGUGAACUAACAAUGAUAAAGCCUUAGCACUAACACUGUAGUGCUAUAAGUGUUCUAGCACUGAUUGUGCUAUUAUUGCUCUAGUGUUGAAAUUGAGUAAUGACCUGUACAGCAACAAGUACUCACAUUUUCCUAAAUUGUGCUUAAAUUCAGGGUAGUCUCCUUAAUUAUAUUCAGUUAAAUUGAAUAGCCUUACAUUUCACAGGAUCUCAGUACUCAAACAGUGUGCCAUUUGCUUGAACCAUUUUUGUAUUUAAUAACCCAAUGUAUUACCAGUAAUCCACCAAGUAUUAUUAUCAGGCCUUUUACAUAUCUGUAUACAUUUCAUAGGUUCGCUUUUGAUGUAUAAAAAUUAUCAUUUUUUUUCCUCAAUUAUCAUGUGUUUGUAUUUGCUGCAAGCCAGAAACGUCUGAUUUUUCUCCUUUUUUUUCAGCUGAGAUUUAGAUUUGUAUAUAGAAAGGAAAACUACUGAUAGAUGUGUAGACUGAAAAUGGGAAAUUGGUUCUUAAAUAUGUUAAACAACACCUUUUUCUUGAAUAUACACAUUUGACAAUAAUGUAAUAUUUUGAUUGCAGUGAACUCCUUGUUUACAUGUUUUAGGCUGUGGUAGCUUAAAGCACAAAGCUGCAGUAGCAAGCAAACUGGUUUCUGGUUGCAGUAUUGGGCAACUGUCUUCUUGCUGUAGGAUGGUUUCUGGCUGUUGUGUUGCAGUAGGCAAACAAGUUUCUGUAUACAGUAGUAGGCAGACAGGUUUUUGGCUACAGUGGUAGGCAAAUUUGUUCUGGCUCCAGUAGUAGGCAACUGUCGUCUCGCUGUAGAGUGGUUUCUGGCUGUAGAAUAGGAGAACACAUUUAUGACUACAGUGGUAGGCAAUUUUUUUCUGGUUCCAGUAGUGAUCAAAUGUCUUCUGGCAGCAGAAACGUUUCUGGCUCUAGUAGUAGGCAACUGGUUUCUUGCAGCAGAAAUGUUUCUGGCUGCAUUAAUAGGCAACUGUCUUAUGAUGCAGCUGUAGACUCUAGUCUAGCUGCAGUUGUAGGCAAGCUAGUUCUUAGCAGCAGUAGACCAGUUGGUUUAUUGCUGCAAUACAAAACAUGACUUUCCUCUGGCUGCAGUAGUACAGAAAAUUAGAUAUUUAAUCCUAUGUUUAUGAAACUUAAAUUAGCAGCUUUGGUUGAUGAUAUGCAGUAUUGUAACCUGGAAAUAAAUAAGUAAUUCAACAUGUCUUGUUGAAUUUUAAUAUUCAAUAUCCCUAAAUACCAUCAGAAGUUUGUGUGAUAAAAUAAAAAGGGGAAACAGAACUGGUUUUUUUUAAAUUCUGAAAACCAUUGUAAUUGAUUUUUAGAUAUUGAAGAAUUUGUUAUCAGUGAUUUUACAAGUAAAAAGACAGCAUUACAAUAUAUACAAACCAGCAUGUGUACUAAAAUUUAAUACACUGAUCAAGAAUGUGAUUGUGAAGUGAUCUUAAGGCCAAAUGGUGCAUAAAUGCUGCAAAAGUGGUUGCAAGAGGCUUUUGUAAACCUUUUCGCGAUCAUGAUUCUUCCAUAUUUUCCUUUCAAACAAAUUGUUAGGUGCAUUGUGCAUAAAUAUCUGUUAGUGUAUAUGCUAUACUCAUAUGUCAUCCUAUAUACUACUAGUAACUAGCAGCAUGAUUGGCUGUUUUGCCCUUGUACUUGCUUGUUUGUGAUUGACUGUAUCCCACUCUCCCUUUGUUCAAGUUGGGGAGCGUCAACCAAUUAGAAUAGCUGUUUCUUAGUUUCUGAGUAUGAGAUAUAUCUUCAUUGUAUAACUAACUUCCCAAGUUAUCCACCAGAUUUCAUGUGCAAUGUGUUCUCUUUUUUAAACCAAAUUUUUGAAGGAAAAGUUAUUUAUUAAGUAUUUCCCACAAUGUUACCUGAAGUAUUUCAAACUGAAAAUUGGUUUGAAAAGUACUAGAAGUGAAGUAUGAGACCUUUUAAGAAGGCUUAAUUAAUUCUAUGCAUAUCAUGGAGAACUGGUUAACUUCAGUAGUGCCAGUGAAUAAAAAAAAUAACAUACAGUACAUCAACUGUACAUAUAUUUUCAUCUGCCAGUUGGAUGAGACAGACUUAUACAGUGUAUAUACCAGGGAAAAAGAGAACAUUUUCUGACUUCUGUCUGCAAUGUGCUCCUGUGGGAAUGACAGUUUUUGUGUCUAAAGCCCCUUAAGGGGCAUAAACACUAUGUUAUUGUCUGGUAGGUAACCCUGUAGGAACGAGGUAAAUCUGGUGCAGGUGCGAGGUAUUGGGUGCCUUAUUAUAAAUCGAAUAGAGUUCGGAACUCGAACAAAAUUGCAUGCAGAUAAUGUAGUAAACAUAAUACAGUGUAAGGCAAUAUACACAAGCUGCUGCUGGGAGCCUGUUUUGAUAAUUGCCUAAGCAAUUUUGGAAGUGCAUUGCUUGGAUCUUGCAUAUAUGAGUAAAUAGGUAUAUUGGAUUAACUUGAAGAAUUUUCUCUAUGCUCCCCUCUGUUUUCCCUGGUACAUGCAUUAUGUUAACACAAAAAUAUUAAAAAGCAAAAACAGAAAGACACAUACAAGUAUACACACACAUAUAUACACACAUACACAUACAUACAAGCGCAUACACACAUGUAUAUAAAAAUUCAUUGUACAUAUAUAGUACCACCAUACUCAUAACACAUUUGUAACCUAAAUUUAAAUGUGAAAAAUACAUUGUGUGUAUUGAUAAAAGUAUACUAGGUAAUAUGUAAAUAUGUGUAUGGAUACAUAUUUACAUACACUGUAUAUGCACUAUAUUUAUGUGUAUGUACUUUAUUUAUGUUAUGUAUGUCUAUAUCUGAGAAAUGUAUGUAGUUUAAAAAUGUAUUUUGCUUGGUAUAGCCCUAAAUGGAUGCUUCAUUUUUAAAAUUUGCUAUAAAGACUAUUUUCAGAAUGUGUUUUUGUUUUAAUUCAAAUGAAAAACUUUUGCACAAAAGAUAUAUUAAUUUCUCCUGAACUGACUGGUUUAUCUUAACCCUAAAAAUAUUUGCAGUCGUUACUAAUUUUCUUACAAGAAAUUAGAUAUAUAGUAGAUAUCUAACGUUUUAUCAGGUGGUAACUUAUAAAAAUAUUUCAAACACUUAACAAAAACCCAAAUCCUUCUGCCAUGUCUUGUCAGAAAAUAAAUUUUGUCAAUUUUAAUGCCAAAUUUAACUUUUUGAGGUGAAAUAGAUAUUUUAUCUACUUAACUUUAUUAAGAAAAAAACAUUAAUAUUAAGUCUAUUCAUCAAAAAGAAAAACAUAAAUUCCUAGAUGAAAUUGUGUCCGCCAGGUAUUCAGCCCCCACGGAACAGGAAAGUACUACCAGAAGGUUUCAGGUGCUGGAAUAUUAAUUCAAUAAUUAUAAAUGAAUUUAAAUUAUUACACUGACAAAUUUAGUAGACCAUAAAAUAAUAUUAACACAUAUAAACAUCAGUAGCUUUUGCAUCAUUUAUAUUAUUAUUAUUAUUAUUAUUGCCAGGUUUUGCUAUUUUUAAAAUGUAAGUAGUUUUGUAGUUAGUAGAUUUUAAAUGUCAUAUUUAUACCACUAUUUAGGGUAGGUAGUGGUUCUUCAAAUAUUUCUACUGAUUGUGUGAAGACCCAUGCAAAGUCAUGGAGACAAAGAAAAAUCAUAAAUUGCCAACUUUUGAGUGUUUGUCAGUAAGUUUUAUCGCACAUAUGUCAGAGUAUUGCCUUCUCAUCUUUGUCUGGGAAAUAAUUCCAUUAAGUUGGUUUACUUAGUGCAAAAAUUUGUACAGUGGUUUUAGAGAAUUUUUCUUUUUGUAAACACAUUUUUUGUGCAAUUUUAGUAUGAUCUACUUCAUUACUUAAAAGCUGUUCUUAACUAUCGAGUACUAUAUUAUAGUCAUAAUGCAAUGCCAAUUCUAGACAUUUUUUGAUCAACUCUACCGUGGGUGUUAUUAUUUCAUUGGAAUGCUGACAAAGAGUCAAGCAUAAAUUGAAUCCAAACAUUUCAUCAGUCUAAUCAUGUAGUUCAAAUUAUAAAGCCAUUCAGGAGAUUAAUUAUGCAUCAGAUAAUUAUAUGCAUGUUUUUUGUUAUGCAAAUUUGUGUGGGAGAGGUGGGCGAUGAUGCAAUAGACAACUUACUGUACCCUUAGUUUACUGAAAAUAUAAUAUCUUAUGCUCUUGGUGGUUUUUAUGUAGAAUGUUUCGGAGAGUGAUAUUCACUUUAACGGCCUUGAUGAAAGUGUGGCUAUUUUGUAAAAAAUGUAAUUAAAGUCAGUAACAGAUCAAAUCUAGACGUCACAUCAUCUACCUAGCAUAUCAGAUAUUUAUAUUUCAGAUAUUUAGUCAAAAUGUCCAAAGAAAGCAGUGCAUUUUCAACUUUUCUGUAUAUACAAAAACAAUUUGCUUAUUAUUUAUAAUCAAGAAAUAAAUGUUGAUGUAACAAAAACCUGAGGUGUAGUAUCUAAAUAAUCCACCUCGAAUAAGCCGGCAGUAUUUCAGCAAGGGUACCAAUAAGUCCACCCAUUAAUGUAUUCGUUUAUCUUCUUUGCAAAAUGUGUUUUCCAUUAGUUUUUUUUUAUUUCUAAUUUGUAAAUUGGUUGUUUUCUUAGUGCUCUGCUUUCAAACAAUAUCAGAUAGAAUUGAAUAAAAUACUUACGUCACUUGGAA